UCUGGUUGUGUUAGUUUCGUAAGUGUGACAAAAAUGCAGGGUUGAUAGGUUUUUAGUUAGGAAAUGAUACGUUUUCUAAGACAAUGUAAAAGUACUUCUAGAAUACGGGUGUGGAUUGAAAAAACAUUUACUGACAAAAGCGAUGUGAUCGCCUAAGGGUAUAUAUAUAUGUAGGAUUAGGUUGCCGCUUAGAGUGUAAAACAUGCCCGAGUAAAGGUAUACCAACAGUUAAAUCUUCUAUUUAAUAGACAAAUAGCCCCUGUAUAAGUAUAGUUAUUUAGUGCUCAAAUUUAUUAGGUAAAAUAACUUCAAUAAAAAUAUGACUUAAAAAACGAUUAUUGAAGUCAUGUUUUUAUUUCCUAAAGUUUGUGCUCUUCUUUUUGUGUUGUUCAUCGUUCAAGGUGUAACAUCGCGUAUUAUACCACCAAAAAGAUUAUCGAAUGGAGAGACACCAAUAAGAGAUCCCGGGUGGACUUGCGUCGUACGAAUGAGAGCAGGAUUACGCUGGAAAUAUCUUAAAAGUCCAAACUAUCCACAUCUUGCUGGAACGCAGACACAAUGCACGUGGAUCAUUCAAGCUGCUGUCGGCUGGAGAGUUAUGAUCUUAUUCAGAGACUUAAAUAUGGCAGCUGCUGGAGAGGAUUCCUGUCGACAGCAGUACGUCGAUGUUAUCGAUGCUAGUAUUGGGAAGUCACAGGGACGAUUUUGUGGAAAGAAGCGACCGGGAAAUUACGUGUCCAGUGGAACCUUUCUCCGUCUUGAUCUGCAGACAGACCGUACACGAGGGAGGUUUCGCGGCUUCUCCAUUGCAUAUAAAUUGACGAGAGAAAGGGCCGGAUUUCGACCAAGUACUGUUACGACCACUGACAACACGAGCGGUAAAGUGAACAUCAACAGCUUCAAUUCACAAGUGAACUCGAUGCCGUCUCCAGCAAGUCGACCACGACGCCCUGGGAGGCUCGUCUAUGUCCAAAGUACUCCUGCAGGACAAACAACCACCACUGCAUCAACCGAUCCAAGUGAUGUCGGUGGAUGGAUUGAUUCUCGUCCUGUACCGACUCAGCCCACUCGUACCAACACUGGAGGAGCUCGGAUACCUGCUCGACCGAGGAGACCGACGACAACGGUGGGCGGCCUUGUCCUUGCAAAUCGAAGACGAACUACAAGCACUCCAAGAAGAAGUCCAAGCAGUGUGAGUAGCAACACAUUCUCGUCGAACAGAGGCGCUCUUUUUAGACCAAGAACCACUACUGAAAACUUGUAUGCUUCUGAGACUGAGUACCCUCAUAUUGAUGAUGAUCCACAAGUAUAUGGAGAGUAUCGUCAACCAGUAAACGUAGUAAUACCUUCUGUUAUUACGACGAACGAUACUUUGAAACGUAAAAGAGGAGGUCUUUCAACAACUCAUCUCAUUAUCAUCAUUGCUGCUGUUUCAUCGCUAGUUCUUCUUGCAUUCGCCAUCCUUUUGAUAAAACUAUGUUACUUUGAUAAAAAGUUAAGAAAGAAGAUUUCUGAAGAUAAAGCGAGAGAAACAGCAGGUUCUGUCACCGGAAAUCCUUUGCACCGAACUGAUUCGUUGCCAGGAAUGGCUCGCACAGUUUCCAUGCGUUCUUUGUCAGCAGAUCCGAAUAUACAGCCGGGUUCAAGAAGAAAUUCGGUAUCUUACUCCAUAAGAAACAUGCCAAGACAAGUUCCCUCCGCCCCUCACCCCAGUAUGAUAUACCAUAACCAGCACGCUAUGACCAUGCACCAUCAUCACCACCACCAUCGUCAUCGACACAGUAACCAUAGACAGCACACACAGAGUAAUAAUAAGAGGGUGCGGACCAUACCAAAAACUGUCGGGUUUACCAGACCGCUACCCCCAAUCCCGAAGCCGAGAGUCAAAAAGUUGGAAGUUGAUGAAGACUACUGUAGUGGCAGCGAUGGUGAACAGGGCAGCACCAUGAAACGAGUGCUUAGCACUUGGGAAGUUGAGCAAAAAGGCAAAAGGGAAACCUCUCGUUUAUAAGGGAGCCUCUAUUUUAUGUGGGUAACGUCUUUGUAGGCCCUUACUCUGGAUAAUGUAGAAGCCCCACACACUUUGCUUUUUGAAGUAUGUUCUCUUUAUAUUCUCGUAUAAUAUUAGGACUUGAUUAGCUAUAUCUAUACACAGAUCUUAAUAGAAUCUAUUUUAAACUUAUUUGUUUAUCUGUAUACCUUACGUUGCGACAUUGCGUUAAUAUGCAUUGCACUUGACAACCACGGUAAACAUUACUUGUGUAUAACUUUAUACAACAAGUGUUUGUGUUAUUUUUUUAAUAUAUCACAAUUGAAAAAAAAAUGUAACGGAUGUUUUGUAGCUGCCCAUAUCUAUAGCUUGAUACACAAUUGUACUAUUGUAAUUAAAUCGCAAUACCUUCGUCGUUCUCAAAUGUGUAUCUGACAUCAAUAUGCCUGGGGUUUCUUUUCCCGCCUUCUCUUUAAAGCGCAGUCAUAAUAAAAGAUCGGCGCGCGCACUUUGCUCCUUUUUUCUCUCGACACGUUUUAAACUGACUGCUUGAAUGCUGUUUAGCCUAUAGGCCUACAUGCUUUUUGGAGUUCAGAUUUUAGAGUAGCGUGGGAAUUUGUAUAUGUAAUACACAGAGCUGUUUUGAA